AUCAAACAAGGACAACUUCACACUUCUCAUCAACUGCCUCUAUCUUAUCCAGCCUCACGCCCACUUGCGCCCCGGAGACACCUCGCGCCACGCCAACAAAAUGUCAUCUCUGACGAAUUCGCCAAAUGGCAGAUCUACAAUUGACGCCAAGGCGCUGCUGGGUGCAUACCUCAAACAAUUACAGUCAAAGCCACUGAGGACAAAGAUGCUUACUCAAGGGUCAUUGUCAGCCUUGACCGAGAUUGUAGCAUCGUGGUUUGCCUACGGGCUCCCUGGCCACGGCCCAACAAUUACUGCCCGUGUCCCCCAAAUGGCGUUUUAUGGUGCGUGUAUCGCGGCACCAUUGACCCACUUUCUCAACACAACUCUGCAACGAAGUCUUCCGGGACGAGUAGUCUUGCAAAAUCUCAUCACUAUGCUCUUGUUCUUCCCCAUUCAAAAUACUGUAUAUCUUGCAUCAAUGGCCGUCAUUGCUGGCGCGCGUACAACCGAACAAGCUCGAGCUGCAGUUCGCGCCGGUUUGGUACCCAUGACAAAAGCUAUGUGCGCUAUGCACCCUGUCUUGAUUACUAUUGCAACCUUGUUUGUACCAAAGGAGGCUUGGGCUCCUUUCUUCAGCUUGGUUGGGUUCUGUCUGGGAACUUUCUUCAACACCAUGGCGAAGAAGAGGAGAGUUGCCGCGGCCGCCGCUGCUUCCAAGAAGGAAUCCUAAGCCUUAAGUACGAUAUAGAUCUAGAUUUAUGUUACUGAGGACCUUUUCGCUUCUUGCGUUAUGCUCGCAUUAGAAUACAAUAGAGUGUCAUUUAGCAUGCAGCAUCCAUGCCCCUCUUCUCUCUUUACCCAGACUUGAUGACUAUUGCUAUGAUAGGACUUACCUUUGCGAUCGUUCCGAGAGGUCUCGAGG